AUGCAUUUGUUACCUGAAUAGGUUCAGUAAAGUCUUAUUACACAUCAAACACAUUUAAGUUUCAAUUUCGCAUCUGAGUAAAUCUCAAUCCUGAAACUUUCUAAGUGCUUCUCUUUUAACCCGUGAUUAAAAAUGCUGACAAUGUUUAAAUUACUUCCGUCUCAGCUUUCGACUUAACUCGAAAAGGCCUUAAUUUGCCUUUAAACCCAUCGCAAGGAAUAAAAAAGUAUUGUGAUUACAAUCACCAGAAUCAUCAUAAGCCUCGUUGUUCAUCACAAUUUGUGUUUACUUUUUGUUUCAAGUUGGACUAUUUUGUUUCCAUCUUUGAUCAAUUGAACUUUAUCUCGUAUCCAUCCAGAAAGCAGCUCGUCUCAAGUCUUUAUUAUCAACUUUUUUGUCAACCAUUUUUAUCUCGAUUGCCUUUCUUUGUCCACUUUUUUACAGUGUAAUUUAUUGAUUUUGUUUGCAAACAUCAAACAGAAACAAUCACGCAUCAACAUCAAUUGCUGACCCAUUCAUAUUCAUAUCUUGUGCCCUUCAUCAUCUUUUCAACUUACCUUUUUUUACUCAUUUUUGAUAACAUUAAGUGUAUUUUUUCCUCUUCUUCAUUUUUUAUCUUCCAUUGAAACUCAGACUUUAAUAGAUACUUUGUAUAAUGGAUUUUGUGGGCGUUCAAGUCAUUGGUAAUUCAAGCUGAAAUACAAACUGUUGGUCGAAGUUUCAUCAAUUCACUUAAAUCAAAUGCCAGUAAAAUUAAUAAAUCGCUGUUAACAGCGGAAGAAACCCGAUGGCAUAAUCUAUGGCUUAAAUCGUUUGAAUGUCUCAUGAUUGUUGAGGAACAUCACACCUGUCCUAACCAUACAACUUGGAAUCGUGAAAGGUCUAGUACUCCAUACAGUAAUUCAAAAAGAUUCAAAUUAGGACCAUUUUCAGAAGGUAAAGAAAACAUAAGAGGAAUGAUGAGAAACCGACGAAUUCAAACCAACAUGAUUGGUAUUGGUGGAGGUCCGGGGCUCAAUGAAACUUUCAAUGUUCCCAAUGGUAAAUAUGAGAUUAUCCAUAAAGAUAUUGGUUAUUCCAGUGAUGCUGAUAUGAGCGAUGCUUGCGAGCCUUCCUCAUGCCCUAAUUACAUUAGUUCAACGGCUAAAAGCCCUCGUAAACGACAUCGUCGUCGUCGACCUCGAAUAGGUGAACGUCCAUGGAGCUUUCACUCAGAAUGGACUCAAUGGGAUUAUUAUCAACCUCCUUUCAGUGGACUUAGCGGAGAGUUUCGAAGCUCCGAAGAUUUAAAUUCAUUUGAAGAUGAAAAUUUGGUUCGCAGUUUAACUGAAUUUGGAGAAAACUAUGAAAAAUGGUUCAAAACUGAUGACGGCUUAUUAAAAGGUGCCGAAGAUUUAAACUCCCAUGAAGAGGAAAGCUCAAUUCGUAGCACAACCGAGUCAAAUGAAAACUCUGAAAGAUGGUUACAACCUGAUGAGGAUAAUUUAUCAUCAAUAGGUAAACCCAGUCAAUUUUUAACCUCAUCACCUAACGUUACAUUAUCAUCAAAUGCUGACUCAGCUGAUACUCUUGAUAUGACUGAUAUUUUGCCAACUGGUUUACCAGCAAAAGCAGCAGCAGCAACCUUUAUCGUUAAAGAAGCUGCAUCAACUUUAAACACAACUUCAAGUGCUGCCAUCGAUGCGGCCACCUUUAACCUAUCACCAGGAAAAACUUUACCUGAUAGUGAUUCUUAUGCCAUGAAAACUGCCCCCAAGAACCUUUCAACUCUUUCCUCGUCCACACAAACCUCAUUCCCGUCAACUAAACAACAACCCACAACAAGAACCACAAAUAUUUUUUCAUCUAUUUAACGAUAACAAUUUUAUUUGCAUUCAUUUAUCUAUUCUGGUGGCUCAAUUGUCACCCAUAACACCGCAUGUCCAGAAAUCAUAUCCCAACAGAUCACCUCCCAAUUGAGAACUGAAACAAUCAGAUAAACAUGGGAAAUCUUAGAUUCGGUGUUGUUUCAAGCAAAAAACGUAUAACUUUUUCAACAAGCAAACCACAAAAGCAUAACUUUUUUUAUACCCAACUAUAUAUUCAAUUGAACCAACUAUACAAAAAAA